AUGAACUCAACAAGAGUACCUCCUCCUAUGUCUCCUGGUGCUACUAGACCGGCUUCUAUGCCUCCUGGUGCUACUGGACCGGCUUCGAACCAUGAUGCUUCCUCUUCUCGUUCCAAUAGCUACCCGCAGAUGACUCUCAAUGCCGUGCUCAAUUCACCUGCUAGGCUAGCACAUCCUCAUCUCCAUCCAGAUAAAAUCAAUGGAGCUUUAUGGUUUGGUAUUGACCCAUGUGUCAACUCUUUCAUUCGGGCAACUUGGCAAGCAUACUACAUAGGGCCUUGGAAGAGUUGGAGGAAGGUUCCUGAUGAAAGAAGGGAAUCAUGGUGGCAAACGUUUGUGGUAACAAAAUUUGACCGUGAGUUUAAUGACUUAGUCUACGGUCUUUGGAAGAAAGAAACGUGGACAACCAUUGGUGAAAGGAUAAGCAAGAAGAAAAGGCAACAGAAGAAGCCAAAGUACAUCAAUGAAGCUGACUGGACUCUCCUGUUGGAGCAUUGGGCGACCGAUGCAGCUAAAAAGAAGAGCAAGAAGGCUGCAAAAUCUCGCAAGUCUGAUCCUGUGGGUAAAGGCUGCCACAAGCAUAAUGCAGGACCUCGGUCUUUUGCAAGGAUUGAGUAUAACACGAUGGUGGCUUCUGGUACUAAUGAGAGGCCAUCAUUCACUGACCUAGUCAGGGCGACACACACCAGACCAGAUGGGACUUUUGUGGACUACCGUGCUGAAGAGCUGGUUACUCAAGCCGAGCUGGAAGCCACACAGCUCUCUAACACUGACGGAUCACCCGGGAGUCCAAGUACAUCAUCUACUCCAUCUCGCCUCAAGAUAAACAAAGCUUAUCUAAAGAAUGCUAAGGGUAAGAGGGGGCAUGUUUAUGGACUCGGCAGUGCCCAAUACAGGGAGCAAUCACCUUCUUCACGCGUCCCUAAUGGUCUUGUCCGCAACCUGGAGCUGGAGAUGCGUGUGGGAGGUCUUGAGACAAGCCUCCAAAGUGUGAGGGAGGGCGUGUUUGAGGUGAAGCAGGAUGUGUCCGAGAUGAAGCAGGACUUUGCAUCAACAAGAGAUGCAAUCAAUCAGCUGCUCCAAACGCUUCGUCCCCCACAAGCACCUACUGAACAGACUUCUGCUCAGCUCCAAGCCCCAACUCCUCAUCCUUAA